AUGGCUGCUGUUUUCCCAAGAACUUGUUACAAAUGUGGAGAAGUCGGACACGUUGCUGACGACUGUACCCAAGAGGAGAGAUUGUGCUACAACUGCCACAAACCAGGUCACGAAUCUGGUGACUGUCCAGACCCAAAACAAACCAACUCCAAGCAAUGUUACUCAUGUGGUGAUGUUGGUCACAUUCAAACUGAAUGUCCUAACCAAGCUCAAGGUACCAAGUGUUACAACUGUGGUCAAUUUGGUCACAUUUCAAAGAACUGUACCCAAGAGUCAAACGGUCAAACACACGCUGCUCCAGCUUUCAGAAAAUCUUACGGUAGAGGACCAGCUUCAGGAACCACUUGUUACAAAUGUGGUGGACCAAACCAUUUCGCUAGAGACUGUCAAGCCGGUAACGUGAAAUGUUACGCUUGCGGAAAAGCAGGUCACAUUUCAAAGGACUGUAACUCUCAAGGUGGUGCACCAAACGCUGGUUCCAAGACUUGUUACAACUGUGGUAAGCCAGGUCACAUUUCAAAGGAAUGUACCGCUUAA